AAAAGAGAGAGGGAGAAAAGCAAAGACGCGAAGAAUCUUAAAAGGCUUCCUACUACGAGCAAUCUCAACUCGCGGGUGAAAGAGAGGAGGAGAUGCACCGAAGAAUGGAGUUGCAAAGAAGGCUAUUUUCCUCGUUCAUCGGUUUAGCCAUUGUUGUUUCCGUGGCUGCUGCUCUUCUUUUCCGUUUCUCUUCUAUCCUGAGGCCUGACAAACCGAGAUUGUGGACGGUGGAAGAACUAGCUCCUUUCAAUGGAACUGAUGAGAAACUGCCGAUAUUAUUAGGAAUUCUUGGUUCUGUGUUUGAUGUGACAAGAGGGAAGUCGCAUUACGGGCCAGGAGGUGGCUACCAUCACUUUGCAGGAAGAGAUGCAUCACGUGCGUUUGCUUCUGGGAAUUUUACAGGCGAUGGUUUAACCGAUUCACUUCAAGGUCUCUCAGGUGUAGAGAUAAGCAGUGUUGUUGACUGGAGGAAGUUUUAUUUUGAAAGAUACACAUUUGUUGGCAAGCUUGUUGGUUGGUACUAUGAUAAGGAUGGAAACCCAACAAAACAUUUGAAAGGGGUUGAAGCUAAGGCCAAAAGAGCUGCUCGGCUUCAGGAAAAACAGAAAAUAGAAGAGGCCAAAAUUCCAAGUUGCAAUUCAAAAUGGAGCCAGGAAGAGGGAGGAGAAGUAUGGUGUGAUGCUGGUUACCCGAGACUAGUGCAGAGACCCCUUGAAAUGGCUCUUAAUGGCAAAAGAAGCCGGCGAUGUGCUUGUUUCAAAGAAGAGGAACUCGGCCAGCCAGGUUUGGAGGUAUAUAAGAACUGUGAUUUUCUGUCUAAAUCUUGUGUAGUCUGAUAUCUCUUUCCUGUACUCUUCUCAUUCCAGCUACUUCUGUUGUGAUUAUUUUCUUGCUGCAGCCUUGUUGCUUGCUUACACCUUAGGAUUGUUUCCCUACUUUUUUGAGAAAGACUACCUGUAAAUGUUUCAUAGAUAUUGGAAUCUAAACGAGCAGAAGUUAUUAGUAAAACAAGUACCUUUUAAAUUA